AUGGUGUUGAACCCGGUGCUAGGGAAGCUAGUCAGCAAGAGGGUGGUGCUGGCCAGCGCCUCGCCGCGCCGACAGGAGAUCCUCACCAACGUGGGGCUGCGGUUUGAAGUGGUUCCAUCCUGGUUUAAGGAAACACUUGAAAAGUCAUCAUUUGCAGCCCCGUAUGAGUAUGCCGUGGAAACAGCAAAACAGAAAGCUCUUGAAGUAGCAAACAGAAUGCAUGUAAAACACUUGAGAACACCUGAUGUUGUCAUAGGAGCAGACACUAUUGUGUCUGUGGAUGAGGAGAUCCUGGAGAAACCAGUUGAUAAGCAAGAUGCUUAUAGGAUGCUGUCAAGGUUGAAUGGAAAAGAGCACAGUGUUUUCACAGGAGUGGCUAUUAUACAUUGCAGCAGUAAAGAUAAUCAGCUAGAGACAGAAGUCACUGAUUUCUAUGAAGAGACUAAAGUAAAAUUUUCUGACCUGUCUGAAGAGCUCUUGUGGGAGUACAUUCAUAGUGGGGAGCCAAUGGACAAGGCUGGUGGAUAUGGAAUCCAGGCCCUUGGUGGAAUGUUAGUUGAGUAUGUCCAUGGAGACUUCUUGAAUGUGGUGGGAUUCCCCCUGAAUCACUUCUGCAAGAAACUAGCAGAAUUGUACUGUCCACCCCCUAAACAUAAUAUACAGCAUAAGAAGUAUGACUCUAUCCCUUCUGUGGACACUUUUGAGAACCUAAGUGAUGGAGAAAGUGAAUCUGCAAAUUUCACAGAGCACAAAGGUGCUAAUAAUUUGGGCAGCAGUGGGGUGUGUUCCUUAGGAGCUAUUUACAACUCUAAGAACAGUUCUAGUGGCAGAACUGGUUUUGUGCUACCUUUGGAAAAUCAAAAUGGAGUGUCAAAAAGUGCAGCAAAACUUCCACCUAAAAUUGUAGAGCUGAUGGAUGGUUUUAGAGCUUCAAAGGCUCUGUUUGUAGCCUCUAAACUGAAAAUAUUUGAUCAUCUGAAAGAUAAAGGACCACUGAAUGCUGUGGAUAUUGCAAAUGAGGCUGCAGCCUCUGUGUGUGAAAUGGAAAGACUCCUUGAUGCAUGUGCUGCUCUUGGAUUACUGGAGAAAACACCACAAGGUUACAGUAAUACAGAUUCAGCAAACACCUACCUGACCUCAGAUGGUGAAUACUCAGUUCAUGGUUAUAUUAUCCACUCUAAUGACCACCUUUGGCCUCUCUUCACAAAUUUGGAGUCUGCUGUCAAAGAAGGCAGCAGGCAGAGCCAUCAAGCCUUUGGAAAGAAAGAAGAUGAUUUAUUUAAGGAGUAUUAUCACAGCCAGGAGGUAAAGCAACGUUUUAUGGCUGCCAUGCACAGCAUUGCCCACCUGACAGCAAGAGACGUGGCUACAGCAUUUGAUCUUUCACAGUUUAAAACUGCUUGUGAUUUAGGAGGUUGCACUGGAGCCCUGGCUCAUGAAUUAGUACAAAUAUACCCAGAUCUCAAGGUCACAGUAUUUGACCUUCCGGAGGUCAUUGCAAACACCUCUAACUUCCAGCCUUCAGGACAACACACAGCUUCAGUGACGUACAUAUCAGGUGACUUCUUCAAGGAUAACAUUCCAGAAGCAGAUCUUUAUAUCCUUUCCCGUAUUCUUCAUGACUGGCCUGAUGAAAAGAUACAUGUUCUGUUAAGCAAGAUAUCAGCUGUUUGCAAACCAGGAAGUGCCCUGCUAGUGGCAGAAAUUGUGCUUGACGAACAGAAGAUGCAUCCUCCUAGAGCUGUACUGCAGUCCCUUAGCAUGACUGAAGGCAAGCAGAGAAGUGGCUCAGAAUAUAUACAGCUACUGGAGAAAUACAGAUUCACAAAUGUACAAAUUAAGAUCACAGGAAACUUAGUAGAUGCUGUUUUGGGCUUCAAGAAGGAUCUGUCACCAUAGUGUGCCCAAAAGCAAACUGGGAUGCU